AUGAAUCAUGUUUUUAAAUAUAAAGAAGAUGGAAAGAAGACGGUUAAGAUAUCUUUUGAGGAGCCUCUUAUGAUUGAUUUAUUUGAAAAUAAAAAUAAUGAUUUAUAUAUUGAGUUAGUUAAACAUGUUAUGACAAAGUCGAAAAAGGUAGUUGUUUUUGUAGGCGCAGGAAUCUCUACAGGCGCAGGAAUACCAGAUUUCAGGUCAGAAAAUGGACUUUUUGCUACUUUACGUUCAAAUUUUAAGUUAAAAACUAGCGGGCAAGAUUUAUUUGAUAUUUCUGUUUAUAAAAAUGAAAAUGAUAUGAAACGGUUCCAUAAGAUGAUAUCGGAUUUGUAUAGGAUUUCAGCAUCAGCUAAACCUACAUUGUUUCAUGAAUAUCUUGCGGCAUUAGCACGUUCUUCGCAACUAAUACGUCUUUAUACACAAAAUAUUGAUUUUUUAGAGACACGGAUGCCAUAUUUAGAGUCUCAAGCACCUUUGCCUAUGUUGCCUCCAUGGCCUAAAACAAUUCAGUUGCAUGGUGGUCUUCAAAAUAUGAUUUGUUCAAAAUGUUAUUGGACAGGGCCUUAUGAUCCAGAUAUUUUUAAAGAUGACUCACUCUCAGUGUGUCAUCAGUGUAUAGAAAUGGAGAAUAUACGUACAAUUGCAGGAAAACGUAAUAUUGGAGUGGGAAAAUUAAGACCGAGGAUUGUUUUAUAUAAUGAAUAUAAUUUAGACAGCGAAGCAAUUGGAAAAGUAACAGAAUAUGACCUUAAAGAAAAGCCGGAUGCCUUGAUUGUCGCAGGUACUAGUCUUAAGAUCGCAGGAGCACGAAAAAUUGUUCGAGAAAUGAUAGAAGCAGUAAAAGCUUCUCAUGGUGUAACUAUAUGGAUUAAUACAUCUGAUUUCCCAAAACCCAAGGAAUUUGAAAAAAAAUUUGAUAUUGUUAUUAAAGGAGACUGUCAAAAAGUAGCAGAUUUAGUUUUGUUAAAAAAUGAUAUUGCAAAUAUUCAUUCAAAAGAACCAUCUUAUGUUUUAGACCCUUCAUCGAUAAAGCAGACUUUUACAGAUGAUCUUUUUAUUGAUCAACACACGAAUACUAUAUACUUUUCAAAAAGAAAACGUAUUUUAAAAGAACAGCCUGAAAUAUCUAAGAUUUUUAAAUCUGUGAAAUUAACAAAAGGUAUUAAAGUUUCUAAAUAG